GUGACUGUGGUGCUCUGUAGCCAGGUGUUCUCCAUUGCUGCCCCGGGGCUGUAAUAGCACCAGCCCUCACGCUGCAGCUGCCCUCCCCAGCCUCCCAUUGUGGAGCCCUAUUGUUCAGCCGCCCACCCCUCGUUGAUUCAUCGGCCACACAGGGGAGGCCCUUUCAGACUGAGGAGAGGAGCGGAGUGUGUGUGUGUGUGUGUGUGCUGGUGCGCGUUGAGUACGCGUGCCUUGGGGAAACUGGGUGUCACAGCCACUCCCUUCCUCCUCCUCCUCCUCCUCCUCCUCCUCCUCCUCUCCCCCGUGUCUGUGCGCUUCAUUGUCAGGCCGCUCUGCUCCGAUUGGAGGAGAAGCAGCCACUCUGAACGAGGGAAUGGCAGACAUUGUUGGUCCAUCUGUUCUGCCACUCAUUGUGGAACUUGCCUGCUACUGUGGAGGAAAAAAAAAAAAGAUACAGCUCUGGAGGACACAGCGAGGACAGAGUUGGACGCUCUGCUGGACCUGCAUCAGUCUCGGAUGUGGCUGCUGGGGAGAACUUUAGGACUUUUACACCUGCACUGUUUUAUCAAUCUGUUUUUUUAAAGGAUUUAAAUAUGCGGAAAUGAGCUAAUCCACUUCUCUUCAUUGUUUAUUGGUCUUUUGAAGUCUGGCACCCAUGAGUCAAGCUUUGUGAGAGGGCAGCGGUCGGCCCCCUGUGCUGGAUGUCUGUGAAAGAUCCAUGGGCCAAAAGGACCAUGUGGAGGCAGGAGCAGGCCACAUCCUCGACCUGGGGCUGGAUUUGGAGUAUCUCCACGUAGCAGGGGCUGACCGGCAGGCUGGCGGCGGUGACGGACCCCCUGCUAUGGAGGAGCAGGGGGAGAGCUCCGGCAACAGCGGAACCGCCGAUACCCCUCCGCUGGUGGCGGCGGUGGUGGUGGUGGAGGAAAAUGUGGGUUCUGAUGCAGAGUGCGAGCCGGCGACGGGAGACAGUGCUGUCCUUACUGCUGGCACCGACCCCAGUGAAGGAGAGGGAGGGUCGACUCCUAGUAAGAACGCCCACCAGCCGCUUUGUCGGACCCAGUGUGUGGACUUAGGCGCUGAGGGUCCUCCUGAGCCCCCAUGCGAGCUCUCGUUGGAACUCAAACGCGAAACCCCUGUCCGGUCCUCACCAAGCUCCCCUUGUAAGCACCCGCCUGGGCCUCUGUCCAAUCCCUCUACGUUGGAACCGGCGUCCGAGGCCAACGGGAAGGAGUACCGGGCUAAGCUGGAGUUUGCCUUGAAACUGGGCUACUCUGAGGAGACCGUGCGACUGGUGCUGUCCAAGCUUGGCCCCGACACCCUCAUCAAUGACAUACUGGGAGAGCUGGUCAAACUGGGCACCAAGUCGGACAGCGAGCAGCCGGCUCGAACGUUAGCCUCUACCUCGUCAUCGUCAUCCUCUUCUUCCUCUUGCGGCUGCUCUGAUUUGCUGGAUAGCCAGAGGUCCGACUCGCCUUGUCCAUCAGAGUCCCUGUGUGACCAGGACAACCUGCGACCGAUAGUGGUGGAUGGCAGUAAUGUAGCCAUGAGCCAUGGCAACAAGGAAGUGUUUUCCUGCCAGGGCAUCCAGCUGGCUGUAGAUUGGUUCCUAGAGCGUGGCCAUCAUGACAUCACAGUGUUUGUCCCUGCAUGGAGGAAAGAGCAGUCCCGCCCCGAUGCCCCAAUAACAGAUCAGGAGAUCUUGCGUCGUCUAGAGAAGGAAAAGAUCCUGGUCUUCACUCCUUCGCGGCGAGUCCAAGGUCGGCGUGUGGUUUGCUAUGACGACCGCUUCAUUGUCAAGCUGGCCUAUGAGUCAGACGGCAUCAUCGUCUCCAACGAUAACUACCGAGACCUGGCUAAUGAGAAACCUGAGUGGAAGAAGUUUAUCGAUGAGCGGCUGCUCAUGUAUUCCUUUGUCAAUGACAAAUUCAUGCCCCCAGAUGACCCCCUUGGUCGUCAUGGCCCCAGCUUAGACAACUUCCUGAGGAAAAGACCCGUCAUGCCUGAGCAGAAGAAACAGCCUUGCCCAUAUGGAAAGAAGUGCACUUACGGCCACAAGUGUAAGUACUAUCACCCGGAAAGAGGUGCUCAGCCUCAGCGUGCUGUGGCUGAUGAGCUGCGUGCCAGUGCCAAGACCAGUGUCACCACAAAAAACCAGGGAGACGCCGGGCUGGUGAAGAGCCACAGCGUGCCAGCUGGCAGCAUCGAGGCAAAAAAAGGCGCACCGAAAAGGCAGUCGGACCCGAGUAUCCGAGCUCUGUCGUACAGCGAUGCCGAGGAGAAACUGCUGACCAAAGGGAGGGCGGAAAUCCAGAGGACCAGUAUGUGUGGCAGUAGCAGUAGCUGCAGUGGGAGUACAACCAUGUCUCCGGCCCCAGAAGGCGGCCCUCCUGCCGGUCUGAACCUUCCCCAAGACCAGCAGUCCAGAGCAGCGACUCCUCACGGUUUACCAGCCUCCGGCCAUGACCUCUACCCUCACUGUGAGUCUCCAGACUUGAGCUACUACUCAGUAACACGUGCUUACUCAGGCCUGAGCCUGUCCACCAGACGGAGCCCGGACUGUCGCUUUCCAAAUGACACGGACCUGCGGCUGGGCUCAAUGGGCUCGGCCGGCUCCGAAUGCGGCAGCGAAAGCAGCGUGAGUUGCGGCAGCAGCUGCGACUCUUACAGUGAGAGGUCGUUUCCUGCAUGCCCCCCCGACGCCUUACUGGAAGACGGCAUCCAUUUCGCUAAUCCCCACAACCGGCUGUAUCCCCAUCACACCCCGUCAAACCACGAACUCUGUGGCCUUCAUCCUGCUGAGUACACAAAUAUCCAACACAGCCACUCAUCCAAUACUGGAGUACACAGCUACCACCUGAGUGUGGCACGUGGGCAGAGCUGUGCUCACGAUCAGCCUCCACCAGAGGCUCCCCCAAAGCGCCCUCUGUACCCCUUACCCCCUCACCUCCAGCACCAGCCGCUCGCUGCACGCUCCAGCUGCCCAGGCGACUACCAUUCUCUACCCCAGUCCAACCCGCACCCUCCUGGCUCCCCUCUUGGCCGCUGCCUGGCCCCAACACGAGCAGAGAGUGUGUCAGACUCACAUCUGUAUGAACACAUCUCCACGUCGCACCAUCACCACAGGGCAAAAGCUCUGUCCAGCUGGGACACAUACUACAGACAGCCUGCACUGCCUCCGUCCAGGUAUGAGCCGUCUGCCUAUCAGAGCCUGCCGGACACACGCCAGUCAUCCUGGCACGCUCCUCCCUGGCAGCAGGAUGGCUACGCCCAGCACCACUCCUCUCACCCAGCUCUCCACCCAUCCCCUACACAUUACUUAAACCACCCACCGCCUCCAGCCCACUCUCCUCACCCGCCUCAUCCAUCCAGCACCCCGCUCCCGCCAUAUCCGCCACACAGCACUCACCUUUCAGUGCCCUCCCACGCUCCUCCUCCCUCCUACAUGACACAGCACCCAGAAUCCCCAGCACACAGCCGCUACGGGGACGUGAGGGAGAAAGCGUACGUCAACCUGUGCAACAUCUUCCCCUCGGAGCUGGUGAGCCGCGUGAUGGCAAGGAGCCCCCACAUCACGGAUCCCCAGGAACUGGCGGCCGCCAUCCUCGCAGAGAAAGCCCAAACAGGCUACUGACGAAUGAAUGAAAAUGUAAGCUCCCGUUUGAACAAAACUGCAGUUACAUAGGAAACAGGAAAACAUCAACUGUGGGCGGUUUGCAUCAGAGCAUCAGGACUUUGCCUUUGCAACACUUGAAAGCAUGCUGGGUUUGCAUGGUGGAAUUUUAGACGCCGAUGCUUUUGGAUUGUCUGCCAGGGGAGCUUUUUCUUUUCUUAUGACAUUAAUGAAACAACGCUCAAGUUUCAAGGAUAUAAAAAUGCCGUAGCUCAGCUCUGGUCACUGUGCAGCGACAGCGAAAUCAGCUCAACUUUAAGAAGUGUGGAGAGAGCGAGUCAUUUGACAAAAUGUGUGACUUUGAGAAAAAAGUGCAACUCGUGGCGAUAGUCCAAAUCUGCCCAGUUGUUCCUAUUUUAUUUAUUUAGUAGCUUAUUAUAUUUUUCACACUAUCACAUGCAAGACUUGUUAUGCAUCAAAUUCAAAAGGCACUUUUUGGUUUUACAGCCGGAUCAUGAAUUGGUAUCCCAUGCAUCAAAUAUGACUGAUAUGAAGGAUUAUUAAAUCACUUCAGCUGCGUUUAUGGCCAGAAUUUAAUUUGUAGGCAGACUAUGCACACUUUAUGUGCACUGUAUGCUGUACUUACUCUCAGAUCUGAGUCAAACUAUGUUUGAAAAUAUUUUUUUUUUCUUCCAUGUGUGAAGUGCCAGGCAGGGUUUUCUAAAGUACCACAGAUAAUUAUUUAAACUUUAUUCGAUUUGUGAUUUUCUUAAUUUGUUACGUGGCAAAUCCCGGUCUGGUGUUCCAUUAUCACAUGGCAGUUUCAAACUACUUCUUUGCUGAGGUCUGUGUACUAUAUUGAUCUCUUUGUGUGUGUUGUGUGGCCAUUUGUGGGGAUUUUUUUGUUGUUGUUGUUGUUGUUUUUUGUUUUUCCAAGCUGAUAAAAAUGGGUGUCUGAAAGCUGGUCGUCUUAUUUGAGAUGACGUCAGUAUUUUGGUCAGAGUUGUAGCUGUAGAGAUGGGUGACCCUGUCGUGUGUACCUUAGUUUUAGUAAGGGACAUCUCUCUCUCUCUUUCUCUCUCUCUCUCUAUCUCUCUCUCUGGCCCUUUAUUUUGGGUCAACUCUGGCAUCUGCUACAGACAGAGAACAUGUGAAAUCAAACAUGUAUGUAUUGUAAAUAUAUUUAACAGGUUCCCCUGCUGUGCUUUUGGCUAACAGUGUCUACUUUUGUCUGUAGCAGAUCCCAGCUGAAUCCAUGCUAGACGGAGAAAAACCUUGUUUGAUACAAAUUGUAUCAUGAACUAAGUCGCUGAUGUUAUAUACAGUACAUGGACUUGUUGAUCUGUAUUUAUCAAACACUCUUGAUGUAUUGCCAUAUGAUGAAGUGCAUUUGACAACAGUUAUGUUCCAAUCGAGAUGUUCCAACUUUUAAUCUUGUGGAAAUUGCAUAAAGACAAUUAUUUCACAUAUAUUAUGAAACGGAAGGAGUUGUCUGCCUACUAUGUUUAGGUGUCACAACUUCUUUAUCUGCGCUUUUGGGUUUGAAGCUGGCUUAUUUUCUACAGGAGCUCCAAUUGAAUCAUGCGUGAGAAAUAUCGUUUGGUUUACUGCUUAACUUGCCCAAAAUUACAAAGCAGUAAUUUAAGUCUGUUUUCAGAGAGGUUGGGGUUCAUUUUUUUAGCUUCUAGUCAGGAAGUAGAUAAACUUUAAAGUAAAAAAGGUUGAAAAAUUGAUUUUUAUCAUUAACUAAUCCAUUGUUUCUAUUAUAUUAUAAAAAUUUAGUUGAUAGACCCCAACCAUGUUUAAUAAGUAAAUAUAUUUGGAUCAGUCCCAUAUCUCUUGGUGGCCAUUUUGGGUGGUGGCCAAUGUUUGUAAUACUCUGCUAAAGCUCUACCUGCAAAUAUUUUAUAUAUAUAUAUAUAUAUAUAUAUAUGUAUGUAUAAGUAUAUACCAGUAUACCCAGUCAGUAAAAUCUUCAGCUGCAUAAAUGUAACAGAAGUCCAGCUUGCUAACAUGGCCACAUUUUGUUACAGUGUGGUAGCUUGAAAUAAAUUACAUAUAAAUGAAGAAAAUAUCACAACUUUGCCACACAAGAAAAACAGUAACUUCUGAUAGAACCCUUACGUGGCUAACGCUAACAUUUCCUGGUAUCAUAUGUGCUGGAUUGUAGUUAGACCUAGGUAUAUGGGCAGAUUAAAAUGUUAGCCAAUCUGGAUUCUUGGGAUUAUGUUUUAAUAAUUUAGUAAUCAAUAAUUAAUGUCUGUCAGGUUCUAACUGGUUAAGCAGCUGUACUUAGCUUGGUUGUACUUGAUCAAGUGGAGCCCAACCAACGCGUGAAACAAGUUCAAAAUGGCCACCAAGGAACUAAAAGUCUCCUGAAUGAGCUCGUCAUACAGAUCAUCACAAGCCAGCUACGUAAAGCCCACUGAUUUCUUUCCUGUCCAACGUGUCACAUUGUACAAAUAAUGAAUAAUUGUACGAUAACACAUGCUGUCGAUGAGAGAACCUUUGUGUGUACUGAAGAAGCGCCUUCUCUCUGGCCUCCUGGCACUGUGUGUCAGUGUGGCACCUGAGCGUGGGCCUAAAGUAAUGCCUCUUCAUGGCAUUGUGCUUAUGACACAUCCAAUACUCUGAACUAUGUUCAGCUAACUGUUAUGCAUGUUUUGAUUUGUUUUGGUUUCUGCAUGUUUCCUUGUGUUUAAUUUGUGUACAUAGCUGUGUUUUCGUCCUGGAAGUUUGCCUUGCCAUUACUGUGAAAUAACACUAACUGUUAAGAUACCAGCUAGAUCUACUCACUCUCCACAGUGGCUUGUUGUUUGGCACAUUUUUGUUUUAUUGCAUACAGGCUAUCAGUUAGUAUUGAUUUCAAUUGUUCAAAUUAUUAUUUUUUUUCUAUAAGGUCUGACAGGAAGCAUGUUUUGGAAUGCAUCCCAGUUUUCACCAAAUUUGCUGUUUGCUUUGGAAGUGCACUCUGCCAUAGAUAGGGAAACCAUUAUGAUAAAUUUAAUUGUGUGUUGUAGAUAUUACAAUGAUAUACAUGGCAGUAUGGUCUAACAGGAUGAAAACCCUCAAUUUCAAAUUAAAUUUACAUUUUGCGUGUAAUUGAGUGUAAUAUUCUCACCUGUAACUGUGAUUGUCCAUUAAAGAGAGUACUACUUAUAAAUGUUGUAUGCAUCAACAUUGUAGUAGUUGCAAAAA